CCUUUAUUAAUUGGAUUAUUCACACGAAAAUCAAUGUUUACGUGUCGACAGCGGACAGCGAGAAAAAUAAAGGAAAGUCAUCGAAAACAGAGGAAAUUACUCCAAUUAAUGAAGUAAGGGGCUUGGGGAUGAAACAUGAGCUGGUUUAACCAAGCUAGUCUCUCAUCUUUUGCAAAAACAGCAUUGUCGACGGCGCAAAAAUCCAUUGACAAAGUUCUCGACAUUCAGGAUGAGGAUGGCGGUGACACCGGCACUGGCACUCAGCCUGCCCGGAGCUCCGGGGGAAGUGACCGACAGACAUCGCUAUCAACUUCAGGUAUUGCCUCGGGUUCGGCGAGUUUGUCGGGAUCAGGCCCGGUUGAGUCGGGUACAGGGGAAGGAUACUCUUCUCCAGUCCCAGAGCAGCAAGUUACCUCAGGCUCAGAAAUUACAAGAUCUAAGGCUAGCAAGAUUACCCCUGAAGAUGACACAUUUUUCAAUUCCUUUCUCUCUGGGAAUGAACCUACAAGCAAGCCAAAGAAAACCUUGGGCAAGAAACUUCAGACACCAGUGAAAGUGGAAGAUGCUGCCAAGGAAAGUCAUGGUGAGAAACCUACUCGAUUAAUUUCAAUGUCAGCAAAGAGCUUGAAGACCAAGAGCAAGAUUCCAUCACAAGACAGUGAUGAUUCCGAUGAAAGAGAUACAGAGAGGAGAGUUGGAAAGUCUGUCAAGAAAUCCCAUUUGGGUUCAAGGAAGGCAGACAGCAGAGAAGCAAAGAGUGAAGCUGUGUUGCAACCCUUGCAUGUUGAUGUAGGACUGCCUGAGCCAGUCUUGCCACAGAGUACUGCCCCUCCAACAGAAGGUGUUCCUGAAACCCCCAAGGAGGACUCCAAAGCUAACCAGGACUCGAGCAUCCCAGAGUCAGAGGAUUGUGCAAUAAAUCCUGAAAUUGUAAAGUCAACAGAGAGCUUCUUGUUGGUAAAGUCAUCAGAUGCUCGAGAACUUGAAGAAGAGAAUGACAACAUGAUGGACAAACCUCUAGGGCAAAGCCUCGAGAGUAGUAAUUCCACAAGUACUGGUACAGUUGAGGCAGGUGAAGAUGAAGUAGAAAAGUCUAUCCCAAGUCGCUGCAAGAGUAGCGACCUUGACACAAAGUCAGAAUCAGAGAACACGGAUGAACAGACGUCUGUCAGGAGUGAUAGUGACUUUGUUGUGAUAAAUGAACAUACAGCCAGUGAGCAGUCAUCUGUCUAUCUUUACGACACCAGGGAGUCACCAGAGAACACAUCUCCAAAGCACUAUUCAUCAUCCUCGAAUGGGAAGCGCAGUCCCACUGAUAGUGACUUUAGUAUCAUCUCCGAAGGGCGCUUCAAUGACAUGCAGGAUCCUAUCCACGCUGGUGCGCAGAGCCAAGAUGUUGGAAACAUUGUCGAGCAGGCCUCCAUGGCUCUCAUUCACCGUGUGUCUCCUUCAUACUCAGCCGAUGUUGAGUCAGAAGAUCAGGAUGAUAAGCUGACUCCAUCCUCCAGCACUGACGAGCGUCCUAGGUCCAGUUCAGAAGAGGGGAAUAUCAUCAAGGAAGAGCGUACAUCUACACCUACACCUAAGGACUCUCAGAGCCAUGAAUCAUCACCACAGUCACUUCAGGAAGAGGACACACCAAGAUCUGUAAAUGAAGAUACCUUGAAAGCAGCCAGUCCAGACAGUGAGGAAGGGUUUGACCAAAACAGUGCAACUCAACCACAAAAACUACUUAAGAAACUAGCUGAGAUGGCCCAAGUGCUAGAAGCAAGAGAAGCUCAGAUAAUUCAUCUCAGUCAACAAAACGGAGAACUGCAGGAAUCUGCCACAGAUUACAAAAAUCAAGCAGCACUGGCAGAGGAGAAAUUGAAAAACGAAACAUACGAUCUUCAAAACCUGACCGAUGAGUUCACCCAACGGAUCAGUUCGAUGGAGAAAAAAUUACAACUGGCAAAUAGAGAAAGGGAUCAAUUUAAGAAAGAUUCACAAAAGAUGCAGAAGGCUCUAAAUGACAUUGAGAAGAAUGAUAUUACCAGUAAGGUGUUAUCUGAGAAAGAUGAGCAGAUAUCAGAGCUGAUGAUAGAGGGAGAGAAGCUCUCAAAACAGCAGCUCCAGAAUUCAAACAUCAUCAAGAAACUCAGGGCCAAGGAGAAGGAGACGGAUAAACUACUUAAGACACAAAAGGAACAGUUGGAUCAAGCAGAGACAAGAGUUUCUCAUCUAGAAGAAGUCUUAGAUGCCAAAGAGGAUGUAGAAAAGAAACAAAAAGAUGCCAUCAAGACAUUGAAUACUGCUGUUGAGAAGCAAGAAAAAGAGAUUUUGAAUCUCAAGUCUGAAUUGGAAGAAGGGAGAGAGAAAGUACGCAGCACACAACAUGCCUUAGAUGCCUCCUACAAGGAAAUUGCUGAGCUCCAUCGAAGCAUCGCGGCCAAGGAAAGCAAGGUACAGGAGACCGCCCUCAGUGUUGAGAUGAAUGCCAAGGAGGAGCUGAAGCUAGCUUUAGAUCGAUCUCAGCUAGAGGCCAGGAGACAGCAUGAAGGACUCCUACUACAGGUGAAUGAUCUUCAACUGAGCCUGAACCGUGCUGAUCAGCAGAAUGCUCGCAAGGAAGACGCCUUCAGGCAAGAGAUCUCUGACCUUCAACAGAGGUUACAGGAAGCUGAGGCACGCAACCAGGAGCUUAGCCAAAGUGUCACUGCAGCUACAAGACCGUUGCUCAGGCAGAUUGAGAAUCUACAGGCCACCUUCAACGCACAGUCGUCGUCAUGGGAACAGGUUGAAAGGAGUUUGACAGAACGCCUCAGCGAGGCGCAGACGCAGCUAGCCGUGUCGGCUGAGAAGGAGCGAGGCGCUCAGGAGGCGGCACUGGAAGCCAGCUCUAAGGUGGCUGCUCUAGAGUCACAGUUAGCCAUGCUAAGACAGGAGAAGUCUAGGUUGACUGCACUGCUAGAGAUGGAGAAAGCUAGGGUGGAGAGUCUGGAAGAAAGCAAAACAAGGGACUUUAGUCACAUGGAGAACCAGCUGCAGAACUACCUGAGAUCCUUGGAGGAGGCUCAGCAGGAGAAAUCCAACCUGGAGAAACAGCUCCAGCUAGAACACAUCAAGGUGGAGACGGAGAGGAAGAAACUUAGUCUAGCCCAGGAGGCGCUUGAGGAAAAGGAGAGACGGCUACAACAGUCUGAAGAGAACUCAGGUUCACCCAGUCCCAGUUCAAGAGCCAGCACCCCCGUCCAUUCUGAUUUCAGACCGUCCUUCAUCACGAAUAUAUCAAGGACACCCUCACAGAAUGAAAUAUUGGAGAGGACGAUGUCCAUGAGUAUGACUGGCUCGGUGUAUGAUAGUGUUGUGUCUGGGUCAGCUACAUCUAUUAUUGAAAGUCUACAAUCGCAGCUGAAACAGAGGGAAGGGGAAAUAUCACAACUACAGUCGGAAAUCUUUCAACUGGAAAGAACAAGAUCAUCGAUGGCUGAAGAGAUCGUAAAGCUGACUAAUCAAACGGACAGACUUGAAGAAGAAGUCAGUUAUGUACCUGAACUAAGAAUACAGCUAAAGGACCUCCAACAUCGUUACAAUGCAGUGCUUCAGAUGUAUGGUGAAAAGGCUGAGGAGGUACAAGAACUCAAACUAGAUCUACAAGAUGUCAAAGAGAUGUACAGACAACAGAUUGAGGAUUUAAUCCGAGGAUCAACGUAAUAUGGAAGACAUUGGUUUCUGAUAUGAUGUUGUAUCAAGACCCAUCCUGCUUUUUAUUUGUGAAGAGGAAUUUGAUUUCAUGUGUACUACAUGCUGACAUCUAACAGCCUGUUCACGACAUCCACUCAUAGGAGGCUCUUUGGAAGUUAUCUUUUCUGUAUCAGAAGACUUUAAUUUCUGUCUUUGUGAAUGAUUUCUGGAUCUGCUGCGUAACUUGAACCCACUGUGAUGUUUGGAAUGCAUGAUGGUUUUUAGGCAUCUCUCUUCAUUUUUUUUACUAGAUAUAUGUGAUAUAAUUAAUAACUUUUUGAGCAUGAUUGCGUAAUCAUUUAACCUAGUCGUCAUUUUCAAUAUGAGGUAUGUACCAUCAUUUCCUAUUUGAAAUUUGAAAAUUAGACUAAAGAAUUUGAAUUUGUAAUUGGAGGAUUUAUAAAAACAGUUAUCUUUGGAAUGAAUAACUUCUUAUUGGGAAGUGACAAUGGUUUAUUGUGAUGAUGAAUGAUGAUGAUGAUGAUGAUGAUGAGGAUGAUGAUGUUGAGGAUGAUGAUG